GGCGGUGGGGUAGGUAGGGCCUCUCAGCUCUCAUCUCAACAAGCACCAGCCACGGUUCACAAGAGGCCUUUCCAGUCCGUGGAGAGUCGAGUCGCCUCGUAAAAUCUCUCCAUCAUUACUGGUCCUUUUCUAUUUUUCAAAAGAGUUGUCGUUACCAUCUGAACGUCAACCGUUAGUGGCUCUCUACAUUUGAUAUCUCUCUCUCUGUUCCAGUGUUCAACUCGUCUCCUCUCUGAUUCUCUUCCUAAAUCCCAAAAAAUGGAGAAAACAGGGCACUUAUACAAUUAAAUGGAACAAGUGGAUAUUCAAAUUUCUAUUGAUAAACGCUACCCAUGGUCUCAUUUCUUAAAAGCACAACCAUUUCUAUUUCGGGCUCAGUUUCUUUCAGUAUCCAAGUGUUUGAAACUUUGUCUCUAGCAUCCUGUGCAUCACCCAUGGUCUUUGAGGAAAAAACAAGUAUUUACUAGGAAACUGUACUGUUUUCCCAUACCAGAUUUAAUGAUGAUGGAAGGAUCGGAUGAUGCACCUGAAUAUUCAAGGGAACUAAGUGUUAGUUUUGGUUAUCAGUGCAAUGUCACUGGCCCUAGGAUUCCUUCCAUUGUGCCAGAGGGAUUCGACAUUUUGAACAGCACCAUGAUCCAAGAUUCUUGUAUGAAGAUGAGUAGCUCCUUUUCGUGUUUGUCUGGUGCUGCUCUUAGUGCCAAUGCUACUUUGGCAAACACAAAUCUGUGUAAUGGUCUCAUUGGAGAGGAGAUCUUGCCUAACCUUGAUUCUCCAAAAUCAUUUAGAAGGAUGGCAUCUUCUCCUUCUCUAUCACGCUUAGAUUUCACAUCAUCAUCCUCAUAUAGCAGCUUCACCUCCUUGGGUGGUAGUACACCGAAGGAUAAGGACUUUGCUGAGACCUUGUGGAAAUCUAUGAGUGCUCCUACCAGAACAGAAUCCUCGACCUUUCUCAAUACAAUGGAAGUGCAAAUGGCUGGAGGGGCUGCAGGCGAGGAUAGAGUCCAAGCUGUGUGUUCUGAAGAAAAUGGAUGGCUCUUCUGUGGAAUCUAUGAUGGAUUUAAUGGGCGUGAUGCAGCUGAUUUCUUAGCUGGUACUCUCUAUGAAAACAUCUGUUUUUACCUGCAUAUGCUGGAGUGGAACAAAAAGAAGCAGCCUGGUUCGUUUAAAAGUACCUUAGAAGGUGAAAAUGUCACAUUGCAUAUUGCCCUCCCCGAUGAUCCUGGCCAUUCAAAUUCUGAAAUGGAACAAGCAAAACUACCCAAUUAUGUUGAUGAAGAAUUCACGCAUGAGAAUUACAGCUCUGACAUAAUAAGCUGCCUUAAUCGUGCCCUAGCCCAAGCAGAAGGUGAUUUUAUGUACAUGGUUGAGCAGGAAAUGGAAGAUCGUCCUGAUUUGGUGUCUGUUGGAUCUUGUGUCUUGGCAAUUCUUCUUUAUGGAGAUCAUAUCUAUGUCCAAAAUUUAGGGGAUAGUAGGGCAAUAUUAGCAACAAGCACCAUUCAAGAGGAAGGGGUGCUGAAAGCCAUCCAGUUAACAGAAACUCAUACUGUUGAUAACGAGUCAGAGUGCAAUAAAGUUUUGGCCGAUCACCCUGAUGAUCCAUCUCCUAUCAUCUAUGGGAGAGUAAAAGGGAAACUGAAGUUAACUCGAGCAUUUGGAGUUGGUUAUCUUAAAAAGAGUAAAAUGAAUGAUGUGUUGAUGGGCAUUCUACGAGUUCGAAAUUUGUGCAGUCCUCCCUAUGUUUAUAAUCAUCCCUUCACUAUGAGUCAUAGAGUUUCAGACAAGGAUCAAUUUGUUGUUUUGGGAAGUGAUGGAUUGUUUGAUUUCUUUAGCAAUGAUGAAGUUGUGAAGCUUGUGCAUCUCUUUAUCCAGAACAAUCCUUCUGGUGAUCCUGCAAAGCACCUGGUUGAACAGCUUGUUCAGAGAGCAGCUGAUAAUGCUGGUUUUAGCACUGAAGAUCUGAUGAGUAUUCCAGCUGGGAGAAGAAGGAAAUAUCAUGACGAUGUUACCGUGCUCGUAGUUAUACUCGGUAAUAAACAACGGACUUCUGCUGCUUCUGCAUAUCUAUAGGUUGGCUGCAAGCAUGCACCCACCAUAGAUUCUUUUUGUUAUGAAUCUUUGUGGUGACAGAUAAAAAUAACUGGAGAGCUUUUGGUAUGUUGAUCAUCCGAGUUUGCCAAGUACUUGGUUUUUCCUGAUAUAAGAAAAUAAAGAUUUCCCAUACAUCAA